GCAAGAGACAUAAUGGACCAAUUUUUGCUACUGAAGGAGGAGCUGACACCUGAAAGCGAUGACAACGCCAAGGAGGCGCUUUCUGACACUAGAAUCAUGCUCACCUUAUUGGACAUAAAUAUUGCUGGAACCGUGACUGCAUCCGACACAUUGAAGUGGAUGGUAAUGUAUGUAGCAGACAAUCGAAAAGUCCAGACAAAGAUUCACAAGGAGUUAGACGACUUAGAAAACCAUUCGGGCGAUCUUCGUCACUGCAGAAGUAAGAUGACUUACUGUGAAGCUGUUCUAAGAGAAGUAAUGCGCAUGCGCCCUGCAACCCCAGUGGCUUUCAAACAUAAAACACUUUGUGACACCAAAUUAGGUGGAUACGAUAUCCCAAAAGACACUCUUGUCUAUCCCAACAUAUGGGCAAUCCACCAUGACCCGAAAAACUGGGUAUCGCCGGAGACGUUCAUGCCAGAGAGGUUUUUGGACAAAGAUGGCAGCUUGAAAAAAUUGGAUAAAAAGACAUGGCUGCCGUUCAGCAGUGGCAAGAGGAAAUGUGUGGGAGAAGCACUUGCCAUGGCAGAAAUCAUGAUGAUCAUGGCAUUGUUUUUUCGUCGGUUUAGCGUAAGCUUUCCACCAGAUGUCCAACCUGACUUCGAGCCUAUGAUGUUUGAACUAAACAACACUCCCUUUCCUCAGAAGAUAAUUGUACAAAAAAGGGGAUGACAAUUUACAUCAAGGUGGUUUAAAUGACUCAAGCAAUAUUUGG